ACAACUUGUUGUUAAAAAAAGGCCACUAUGCAUACUUUUGUCGAUAUUCUUUUUUCCCCUCUGACUGAAAGGAUGGGGACACUGACGUCACCACAGCUUCACUUCACUGGAGCAAGUCCCUGCAAGAAGUGAGUGUAACGGGAGCGACAGGUGCGGUCCCGGGGAGUUGUGUGAGCAGCCUACUUUGUCCAUAGACAGCAGGAGCAGUUGAGGUUCACACAUUAUCACCAUGGCGGAUGGAGGAACUUGUUUCAUGAUCUUUCUCAUUCUUCUAAAUACGUUUGGGGCAGCAGCAAGCCUGGCUCUUUUUGCCCUGGCCAUUUGGGUGGCAGUGGAUGGAUAUGAGUUGUAUCCCAUAUCAGGGGUCUCUGGAAAGGACGAUAUUUUUGCCGGAGCUUGGAUAGCAAUUUUCACGGGCUUCGCUUUCUUCUGCACUACUGUCUUUGGCAUCUUGGCCGUAGUGAAGAACAGCCGUCUACUCGUCCUGCUGUACCUGAUAUUGAUGUUUAUAAUCUUCAUCUUUGAAUGUGCAUCCUGCAUCACAGCAGCAACCCACAGAGACUAUCUGGUGGGCAACAGCAACCUAGUGAAGAAACAGAUGCUGAAAUAUUACGCUGAUGACAGUUUUGCAGGACAACAGAUCACAGUGACCUGGAACAGGAUGAUGCGUGAGGUUGAAUGCUGUGGAGCAGACCGUCCACAGGAUUGGAUAGAUUAUAAUUCCACAUUUAGGAUGACAUACGGCACGACGUACCCAUGGCCCCAGCAGUGCUGCAAGAGACUCAGCAGUUUUGAGGUGGCAGACGUGGAGGGCUGCAAGGCAGGGCUGGCCAGCACCCUCUUCACCAAGGGCUGUUUUGAUCACAUUGAGUCGGUGUUUAGUCGGUACACCUGGGCUGUGAGCUGGUACGGCUUCUCGGUCCUCAUGUUCAUGUUCUGGUUAAUGCUGCUGACCAUGGGGUACUAUCUAAAGAUUUGAAGAAGAGGGAUUUCUUCUGCAACCACAGCACAUCAGAUGGUUUCUAUAUACCGGCAUACUACGCAAGGAACACAUAUCUUCAUCUGUAUAUCUCUUGUUAUGGUAUUUGUAUUUUACAUUUCUUUUGAAAAA